AUGUCUGAAUAAAUGCUUUUAAGGACAGCCUUUGUUGACUUUUUAAAACAUAUGCUUCCUUUAAUAAUUGAUCCUUUACUUAUUGUACAAAGCCAUUUCAAAAAUUUUACUAAAUUACUUGAGGAUAAGUCAAAAACACCCUAAAAUAUUUUAGAAUUUAUUGAAAAACUGAAAUUCUAACCUAAAACCGAAAAAAAAGCUACGCAAUAACCAAUUGUUACAGAACCAGCAUCUAAUUCUUCAGAAUCAACAACAUAAAAUGUUUAGUAAAAUUAAGGUGUGGCAACCAUCUAAAAUAGGAGAUGUAAGUAUUUAUUUAAAAUUAUAAAAGAUCAUAGAAGGUAUUUAAGUCACUAAAAUGAUAUACUUUCUAGGAUAAAAAAAGAUAAUUUGCAAGAUAUAACAUCAAUUAAAGAAGAAAUUUAGCCAGCAGCUGUUACUUAUGAGAAAGUUUAAGUUUAAUGUAAUUCAUAAUAUAAUUUAAGAGCCUGCAAAAUUCGAUUGUUAAUUCUAAAAGUUUCUUUAGAUCUAAUAAAAUAAUGGAUUCUCAAUAAUUUCAAAGGAAUGUAUAUUGGAUGAUAUAGAAUUGGCAAUGAAGGAAUUUUCAAGAAAUACAAAAACUUUAUUUUGUAUGGUUGAAAGGAGUUCAGAGGUCAAUACUAGUGAAUCUAAUGAAGUAGAUAAGAGUCUUAAAAAUAAAGACUAUAAUUUUAGUGAAUAUGUGGAAGAAAAAGCAUAAUAACAAGAAAAUAAAACAGCCGUAAAUAGUCUUAGAAAAGGGAAUAAUUUCAACAUUCUCCAGAAAUACAAGACCCUAAUUAGAAACUAUUGA